AUGGCGAGCAUUCUUGCUAUAUCUAAAAGUCCUGUGGAUCCGUCGAGAGAAGCAGAUGAUGCCGCAUCCGAGCCUUCGGUAGACGCAGAAAUUACACAGCGCUCUUUCGAGCGGCAAAGAACCAUUCGGAGGGAAACGAUGCCCAAUGAGCGGCUCACCAUAGCUGACAGGACCUUGUCUUCCAGUCUUCCGCUUCGUACUCGUACUGGAUCUCUGAUUUUCCGAAGUGCCGAGCAAGAUGCUGAAGCGCCGCUUGAUGAACGAACAGAACUUGAGAGGCAGGACGUUCCCGCAUCAAUCCACGUCCCUGGCCGCGAUGAGGACACUGAUCAGGUUGGGAGAUCGCCCACGACCGCUUUCGAGGCUGACUCGGAACCUUUCGCGCUCCAUAUGUAUCAGCGAAUGGCCGAGGAGCCAUCUGAAGAAGAACUUGAGCCCGAGAGCCAAAGCGCUACAUCAGUCGGUGUCAACAAUCUCGAAGAACCGGCUGGUCAGUUCGAAAGAGCAUCCACUGCGAAUGUUACAUUCGAUCCCGAAUUACUCGCACUUGACGUCUAUCAACGGAUUGCCGAAGAACCGCUUGAAGAGGACUCUGAGGCUGAAAGUCAAAGCGCUAUCGCGUCGACCAAUGUCAACGUCAUUGAGGCAACGAGUAGUCGAAUCCAGAGAGCACCGACUGCUAAUGUAUUAUCGAAUCCGAACUCUUUUGCGCUCCGCGUAUAUCAACGCAUCGCUGACGAGCCACUUGGGGAAGAACCUGAGCCAAACGCUAUUGCGCCAACGAACUCCAACAGCACUGAGGAUAUGACUAGUCAAAUUGAGAGAGCACCGACUACUCAAGUCUCUCGGACAGUAGAGCCCUUGGAACAUGUCAAAGCUCGAAGCCCGACUGGCACGAUGCCCCCCGUUGAGAGACGUGCCACACAGACUUCACCCGGGUAUCCAGCGAACAUACCACGGGCUGUAACAAUAGCUCGCGACGUAGAGCGCAAACAAAGCAGUGCUGCUCCUGACCAACUCGAUAGAGCACUUACCAUGCGAUCCUCUCCAGCACUGGAGCCUUUGGUAUAUAUCGACCCUGAAGGCCUGCCAUCAAAGACUGUCCCUCUCGAAAGAAUGAGGACACAGGCUUCACCUGAACUCCCAGUCGAUGUACCACGGGCGUCAACAAUACCUCUCGAAUCGAAUCGAAGACGAAGUAGCGCUGCUCAAGGGUUCACGCCAUCCGCCCGAGGAUCAGAGCCUUCAGUACACUCCAGCGCUGAAGCUGUGCUCGAUGAGACCCCGCAGGUACAGGGAAGAUUGAGAGUAGCGCCCACAGAGCCUCGCACAACCGAUCGUCGACGCAGCAGUGCGGCCCCUGGUAUCACAGCGUCUCCUCCACAGACCAUCCUUGAGGGCAUAGAAGUCGGAGCGCAAACUAAAAGCCAGACGAAGAAGCCGAAGCAAGGCGCGAACUACCCACCUGAGCAGCAAUAUCCGCCAGCGCCUGCAUAUCCCCUACGGGAGACUCCCUCAUGGACGAAGCCGGACACUCGAACUCCAUCACCAAAGGUGAAAGCUGAGAGUCCGCCCAAGAAGAGAGGAUGGCUUAAUCUCGGGGCCAAGCCAGAAGAGGAGUCUUCUGAGUUAGAGGGAAUCAAAUCCCGUCAAUCAAGCCAGCCUGCCCUAGACCCAUCAGAAGUGCAGCCAUUUCUGGACGCGGCACCUGGGUCGCCAGAAGCCCCAGGGGGAACGCAAAAAAGGCAAAACAGCUAUCCGAACCAGACCAGACAGGCUACCUAUCGUCGAGACUCCAGUGCCCCUCCUAUCCGAAGGGCCGACACUCGAACAAGACAACCCUCCGUCUACGCUAACAAGGGCGACUACUACCCAGUCAGUCCGAUCCUUCCAGACCGCAUUGACAACGGUUCGCAGCUCCAGCCUUCACCAUCUCGAAGAAACAGUUACUCCAUCCCACAUACUCCCGUCGCGUCUCGUCAGGGCCCCCUCGCCGCCAAUCGCAAUCUCAAGGAGCUCUCUACUCCCAAAGAGAUGCUGCAGUCAGUUCCAGAGCACCCACGUUCCAAACUAAGCUGGAGGCUGAGGACGAGACUUCUCGAGCGAGUCAAGACCCUUAUGAAGAAGACUUUCAGGAACCUGUCCGGAGAGACGUACGCAGGGCGACUGGCAUGGGAAGCCCAAUCGCAAAAGCGGAAGCAACGCCCAAAGAAGGAGCUCAGUCGCCUGAGACACGACAGAAAUUUUCUCCAGUUCCCCAGAAAGAAGGCCCGUCAGACGAAGGAGAGUCAGAUCAUUCGCCGAGCCGGUUUCCGGAACUGUCUGGUGCUCAAGUGGCAAGGGGACAAGAGCAAGAACAAGAGCCAACAGCACGAACCGAAGAACAAAGGCGGACUGAAGUGGUUAUGGAAGAAGAUCCUGCGCCUGCCGACGCCAAGGUUGCACAUGAUGAAGACAUACCCACCCGCCGUCGCAUCGAUAGCUCAAGCGGACCCUUCGAAGAUGACAAUGCCUGGAUCAACAGCACGGUCGACCUCUCGCGCUCAAAGACCAUCCCAAGAUCAUCCACCGGAGAUGAAGGUGAUCGAAGACUUUCAGGUGCAAACCCAGAAGAAGCGCAAAUCGCACGAGCAAACACUCGUCGUGCAACCUCAGGACGAGUGCCUGAUUCCGCAACAGCUUCACAAUCUGCACGAAAAGACUCAACAACCGCCACGCGAAGGCUAUCGUCGUCAGUCAAGAGGACGAACACGCGGCGGAAGUCAUCAGCAGUCGGAGAAGACAGAGCAGCGCCAAUCCUCACAGAACUACCAACGGUCUCCAGAGCACCGACACGAUCGGCGACGAUCCCCUCAAUAUCUCGACAAGCCAGUAUCCGGCGAGGGUCUGCCGCUCCUAGAAGGGGUACAGCAGUCUCCCCAGAAGCUUUGCCAGACAUUCAAGCCAGAUCAACAAAGGAAGGCAGCUCAAGAUCAACCCCGCGGCAAGAGUCCAGAGGUGCGGCCUCGCCUGUCGCGGUACAACCAGGUCGACGGUCAUCUACUGCAACUAGAACAGGUACGCCAAUCUCCCGAGCGGCGUUACCAGAAUUUGGAGCCUCAAGGAGAGGGGGAGACGGACCUAUGUCGGCCACAUCACAAGGCUCGCGUGGUACAAUGUCGCCAGUCCCAGCUUACGACCGGGGAAAUUCUCCUGCCGGAAUACAACCAUCGAAAGGUUCAUUGGGUACAACCCAGCGCGCAGACCAGAUCUCAGAACAACAAACCCAGUCAAGCCCACGAACAGAACCAAGCGAUGCUAAGCCAGCAGUGCCGCGCCGAGUGA